GUCAGGUUUCUUAACUCCCUUUUAAGCUAUGCCUUCCCUAGCUCGGAUAUUGCCUAUAAAUACCCUAAACCACCACUCAUUACAUAAAAACAUCAACAACUUUGUUCUGUUUCUUUGUUCUAAAUACUAGUGAAAAUGUGGUUCACCAAGCUUUUCUUAGCCAUAUGCUUCCUGACCCUAACGCUAGCUCACUUCUCCCUAGCCCAAAAUGCCCCUCAAGACUUCGUGAACGCACACAAUGCCAUUCGCGCCAAGGUUGGGGUCGGUCCGCUCGUUUGGAACCACACGGUGGCUGCCUACGCCCAAAAUUAUGCCAACAAAAGGAUUGGAGACUGCAACCUGGAGCAUUCCUAUGGACCCUAUGGUGAGAAUCUUGCUGAAGGCUAUGGCAACCUUAACGGCGUGGACGCUGUGAAAAUGUGGGCUAGUGAGAAGCCAGACUAUGACCAUGGUUCCAACUCGUGCAUUAGUGGUGAUGAUGAGUGCCUGCACUAUACUCAGGUUGUUUGGCGCAACUCGGUUCACCUUGGAUGCGGCAGAGCCAAGUGUGAGAAUGGGUGGGUUUUUGUUAUUUGUAGCUAUGAUCCUGUUGGAAACAUUGAAGGGCAACGCCCUUAUUAAGAACCGUUGUUCUGCUGUUUUUCUCCUUCUAAAUCUCUCCUGUGUUUCAUUCUUUGUAUGCUACAGAGAAGGAGGAAUUAAUGGUGUUUGCCAUAAUUGUCAUGUUAAUUACUUUCCUGUCUUUAUUUCCUCAUCUCCUUUCAAAUUUCUAACAUUGUUGGGGACAUUUUCAAUAAAAUCCGGACAUAUAAACCUGGAACAUACUCCACACAAGUUCAGCUCCCAAUCAAUUCUUA